CACGUCAUGUCAUGACACGGUGCAGCGCACGGUCGAAGUGGUCGCCUCCUCCAACGCCGCCGGGAACCCCGAUGCCCGGGUCUCUUUCUGCAGCGGUCUGAGUUUCGGUCGCGUGCAAUAUGCGAUGUUCGCGCGAGCGCCCGGUUGUCUUUCUGCUGCACGUCGUCUUCUUCACGUUGGCCGCCGCCGGCCGCGGAGAGCUCUCCGACUCCUUCGGACUCUUCUCCCUCUUUGCAGGACAAGGUGGGCUGUCCCAGGCGGACGUGUCCACCGUCCACCCGGUGAAAGCCACCGCUGAUGGGGAGUUCGUCUCCCACUCCCUGGCUCACCACUUUGGGCGAGCCAGGCGUGACCUCCGACCCCUCCGCCCGGAGGGACGUGUCUUCUACAAGGUCGACCACAGGGGCCGCUCUCUGAUGUUCAACCUGACCUCCAACGAGCGGCUGCUCUCGAGCGACUACGUCCUGGAGAGGAGGAACGGCACCGCCGGCGGGUCUGAGCAUCGCCGCCCCGGGGGAAGUGCUUCCUGCCACCUCCUCGGCACGGUGGAGGCCCCCGGCAUGCGAGGAACCGCCGCCAUCAGCACCUGCAAGGGCCUGAGAGGCUUCUUCUCACUGCCGGAGGGACAGUACUUUAUCGAACCUGUCCAGAAGCCCCCUGGUGACCCCGCGGGCGCUGCAGAGCCCCACAUCGUCUAUCCACGGGUUCCAACGGGACGUGAGAGAAGCAAGCGCAGCGCCGAGUCCAAAGGGACACCCAGCCCCUGCGGAGUUCAAGAUGCUCCGAGCGACUCCGUCCAGGUGGAGAAGGAGAGGGAGGAGUGGGAGAGGGAGCAGCAGAGGGGGGCGGACCGGGCCCAGACCCGCCGGCUGCGCUCGGUCAGCAGGGAGCGCUGGGUGGAGACCAUGGCGGUGGUUGACGCCAAGCUCAUCGAAUAUCACGGCAGCGAUAACGUGGAGUCCUACAUUUUCACCAUCAUGAACAUGGUGGCAGGGAUCUUUCACGACGCCAGCAUUGGGAACGCCGUCCACGUCAUCUUGGUUCGCCUCAUUCUACUCCAGGGAGACGAGAAAGGGUUGAAGAUCGUUCACCACGCGGACACCACGUUGACCAGUUUCUGCGCUUGGCAGAAGAACCUCAACCCCCAGAGCGACACGCACCCAGCUCACCACGACGUGGCCGUGUUGAUCACGAGGAAAGACAUCUGUGCUGGGAGGGACCAGCCCUGUGAGACCCUGGGUCUGUCCCAUCUGUCCGGGAUGUGCCAACCGCACCGCAGCUGCAACAUCAACGAGGACUCGGGAUUGCCGGUCGCCUUCACCGUCGCUCAUGAACUGGGCCACAGCUUCGGGAUCUAUCACGAUGGUCAGGGGAAUGACUGCGAGCUGGAGGGGAGGCACCCGUUCAUCAUGUCCAGACAGCUGAUGUACGACAGCUCGCCGCUCACCUGGUCCUCCUGCUCCAAAGAAUACAUCACUCGCUUCCUCGAUCGCGGCUGGGGUUUCUGUUUGGACGACCGCCCCUCCAAGAGGGACCUCACCACCCCGCUGGCUCGCCUCGGCAUCCGCUACACCACGCACCACCAGUGCCAGCUCCAGUACGGCCCCAAUGCCACAUUCUGCCACGAGGUCGACAACAUGUGCCAGAUUCUUUGGUGUUCGGUGAACGGCACCUGUCGCUCCAAACUGGACUCGCCCAUAGACGGCACCCGCUGCGGACCGGAGAAGUGGUGUAUCUCAGGAGAGUGUGUGAUUGUGGGUAAACUCCCGGCGACUGUGAACGGAGGCUGGGGCCAGUGGAGCACCUGGUCUCACUGCUCCAGGACCUGUGGAACUGGGGUUCAGUCCGCAGAGCGGGAAUGCAGCAACCCCAAACCGGAGUUCGGAGGCAAGUACUGCACGGGGGAGAGGAGGCGCUACCGGACCUGCAACACCAAACCCUGCCCGCAGAUUACGCCGAGCUUCCGAGAGAUGCUGUGCAGCGAGUUUGACACCGUGCCCUACAACAAUGAGAUCUACCAGUGGAUCCCUGUGGCGAACCCAACGAGCCCCUGUGAGCUGCACUGCCGGCCAGUCGUAGAGUACUUUUCGGAGAGGAUGCUGGACGCCGUGACGGACGGCACACCGUGCUUCAUGAACAACGUGUCCAGAAACAUCUGCGUCAACGGAGUGUGCAAGGCCGUGGGCUGCGACUACGGCAUCGACUCCAACGCCAAGGAGGACCGCUGCGGAGUCUGCCUGGGCGACGGCACGAGCUGCGAGACGGUCUACAAGUCGUUCGACGCCGAAGACGGCUUCGGGUACGUGGACGUGGGUGUGAUACCCGAGGGGGCGCGGGACAUCCUGGUGAAGGAAGUGGUGGAGGCGGGUAACUUCCUGGCUCUGAGGAGCGUGACGUCGGAGGAUUACUUCCUCAACGGCAAAUUCAUCAUCCAGUGGGACUGAAAACACACCUUUUCACGACUAUAUCUGGAUUAAAACACAGAUGGAGAACCUCAGAAUCAAACUAAAGUCAAACAUCCGCUGAUGAAACGAUUCUCUGCAUAAUCCUCCCAGUUGCUGAUUCAGGAGAAGAACAUGGGUAUUAAGUACGAGUACUCCAUCAAGAAGACCAAGGAGACAGGAAAUGAGCUCAUCGAGCCGCUUUACAGGUGGAGGCACGGGGCGUGGACGGACUGCAGCACCACCUGCGGCGUAGGUGAGCAGCACCAGCCUGUGCGGUGCUUUGAGGUGGACGUAGGGGUUGUGGACGAGUCUCUUUGUGAUCCGGCCGGGCGUCCAGAAGACCGACACCGAAAAUGCAAGAAUAUGAAUUGUCCUGCAAGGUGGUGGGUGGGCGGCUGGCAGCAGUGUGCAGUCACCUGUGGACCCGAAGGGGUUCGGAAACGAACGGUGCUCUGUGUCCGUACGAUCUCUGGGGAGGAAAGGGUGCUUCACCCAGUCGAGUGCAAACAUCUGCUCGAACCCAAACCCGUGGUGCCGUGCAACAGGGACGUGCCCUGUGGACAGGACUGGGCUGCUGGCGACUGGGAGGAGUGCCCCGUCACAUGCGGCGGGAGUGUUCGCUCACGCACGGUCACGUGUGCGCUGACGCCCAAGACGGCGUGCCGCGCGACGACCAAGCCUCGGUCCAGAUCCCUGUGCGCUUUGCAGCGCUGCCCCAACUUAAGUCUUCGUAGACGCCCCGGGCCUGUUCCUAAAUACCGGCGCUUCUACCCACCAAAGAGCCAGCCCACCAAGAAUCCUGAAGCUACCUGGGCACCCACCGCGAGGGCCACCACAGCUGCACCGGCAACUGCGCCCGUUGCUGCCGUCGCCGUGUGGAGGAAAACCUCCACCGAAGGAACUUCGACCAACGCGUUCCUUUCAACAACCCCUACUAUCCCUGAAAUUGUAGAUGCGGAUGUUUAUGAGGAUGAAAGUGUCUUCCCAUCUAAUGUCACCUCUGUGCAAAAGGUCAGAAAAGCAAACGACGUGGAAAAGGAAAAAGUAGAGAGGGAGGAGGAAAGAGAGGAGGGAAGUACGCCUAAUGUAAUGAUGUAUACCCCCGGGUAUGAUUACGUCGUUGAGGAGAGGACAACAGAGGAGGAGACGGGCAUUAUUGACCUGGACGUCGUCAAGUCUACAUUGCUCAAAAAUCCUCUUGAAUCAACCACGCCGACACCACAGAUAGUCAUCACUCCCACUUCGCAAACAAGUCUGCCGACCAUGCACACGACCAAAGCGGCCGCCGGUGCCUACCCCACCCCGAGCACUAGUACUAAAACAUGGGCGAGGACCACUCGCCGCUAUCCAUCCUCCAACCCCCACACCACCGCUCGCAUCAAUCCAUACAGCCCGCGGACACACCGGGUACCCCUCACUACUCCCGUGUACCGCACAGUCAUGUCAAAAGCUCCUCCUUCCACAACUGCGUGGAAGACGCUCACCACUGCGGCGUCACCCCAGUCUACGGUGACGAUCGUUAAACUGAAGAAGCCCGCGGUGACGCCAAAGAAAAACGGCCCUGCCACUCGUGCCAAAAAGCCCUCUUCCUGGUCCAAAGGCGGCCGCUCCAAUGGUCAAAGCCAGAGCCCGGAAAGUCCCAUGAGCAGCUCCGUCGGUGGCCAAAGCAACCUGAUGACCAGAAAGACAGUCAGCAUGGAUGUAUUCUGGGUUGUGGGAAACUGGAGCGAGUGUUCGACCACAUGUGGGAUUGGAGCAAGAUGGAGGACGGUAGUGUGCAGCUCGCCGGAGGACGGGGACUGUGCCAGCCUGAAGAGACCGGAGCCGGCACGCACGUGUCACCUGCAGCCCUGUGCCACCUGGCACAGUGGCAGCUGGAGCAAGUGUCCGGAUUCCUGCGCGGUGGCGGGCCGGAGGCACCGUGAGGUCCAGUGUGUCGAUUCACAGAGUAAACGCCCCCUCAGACCUUUCCACUGCCAGGACGCGUCCAGCAGACCCCUCAGCACCUUGACCUGCCCCCACAAGCCCUGCGUGACCUGGAGUACAUCACCCUGGGGACCAUGCUCUGGCAGCUGUGGUGAAGGCGCCAGGGAGCGGCUGGUGUUCUGCCCCGAGCCCCAUGGCUGCAGCGCCACCCUAAGGCCCAACAGCACAGAGGCGUGCAGUCUCAAGCCCUGCACUCACUGGACGACUGAGGACUGGGACGAGUGCUCUGUGAGUUGUGGUGGGGGUCAGCAGCAGCGUGAAGUCAACUGUGUGAGUGAGCAGGAUUUCGCCGCGAUGCCAAACAGCCUCUGCGAGAAGAUCUCCAAACCAGAAACACUCAGGAAGUGCAACAUGCAGGAAUGCAAGACCAACACAGGUCCAAUUUGCAGGAAGAACACCAUGUCCUCUCGCUUCUGUGACAAGCUGAAGCUGCUGGGUCGCUGCUCUCUCAGGUCGGUCCAAAGACAGUGUUGUGUCACCUGUGGGUCAUAGCCAGACGACACCUAUAUUACAAUAUGGACAGAUCACAACCACAGUAAUACGUACUCUUUCUGAUGUAAAGCCAAUCAAAGUACUACAAAAACCAAAGUGCUACAAGCAGCAGUACAUGUGAUAUAUAUAUAUAUAUAUACAUACAUACAUAUAUAUGUAAAAACAUGGCUUGAUGACCAUUAGGCGCUAACAGUCUGCAUGUCUAUUCAUCAUCAGUAUUUAUCAAAAAACGAAUAUAUAUAAUAAAGUAAAACAUAGGUAAUACUAUGUUUUUGUUAUGUUAUUAUUAUCAUUAUAAUCGUAUUUAAACAAAAUUGAUUUAGGUUAUUUGUAACAUUUUCCAGUGAAGAUUGUGCUAGGUUCCAUAAAAACAUAUGAAAUAUGUUAAAUAAAUAAAUAAAAAGUGAGCAAAAUUACAGUCAAAACACUGAUGAUGAAUAGUCGUUCAGACUGUUACAAAUGUUAGCGCUUUAAAAGAAGAAGUGUGUAUGUAUAUAUAUAUAUAUAUAAAACUAGCAAGUUCAAGGAAAGUGUGCAAAAUGAAUGGGAUUUAACUUGUGCAAAGUACAAUGAUUUAAUGGCAACUUAGUGAACUAAAACAUAAAAGAAAGUCAAAUACUAAGUACACAGUUUUGAUAAAUGAAGAGCACGAGGUCCAGUGUGCAGGUUCUCUAUUUAGUAAAAAACCUACAGUACAUAUAUCUCUGGUCCUUUUAUAUGUGUGGUUCUGGUGAUUCAGUCAACUUACCAGUUAUAUUUGUAUAAGUGAGCUGGUCAAAAAAUAAUGUAAAUAAAGAUUUUUUUUGAGACCUUUACUAAAUUGUUAAUAGUAAUUUUUUUUUUUUUACGAAUGUCGAUAAUUCAAAUUCAAACCGUUUGCGGGAGCUGCACAGCUCUGUGGUGCGCCUCCGGUGUGAGAGUGACCAAUCAAAAAGAGGUGUUGCAGGUCAUCCCUCUCAGGUAUUAUUUUUGUAAUAAAAAAUAAAAAAUGGCUACUGUGUUUUUUAUCAUGUUGUACAGGCAUUACUAGUCACAGUGUACUCCACGUCUCCACCGACAAAAUGUGACGAUAAAAGACAUUUUGCAACUGAACUGCUUUGUAACUGAGAUAUGAAAUAAAAAAUAUAAUUUGAGUAACUUUAAA